AUGGUCGCGAUGGGAGGUGGUCCAGAUUUACCGUCUCGAAAUGCAUCGAAAGAGAAGGAGCUUGUGCUGUGCGCAUUGCACUGGCCUCAAGAGCUAUGCGAGCGUGGCUUGAAAGUUCUCAGAGAAGCUUUUGACGAUGUGGAAGUGAAGUACUUCCAGGUCAAGUGGGAUAGUGGCAAGUCGGAGAUGGACGCACCUGAAGACGACAUCAAGCGCGCAACCUAUAUUGCGACGCUAUCCUGGCUCCCGGAAUCCGCAUCGUCCAUUCCAAACACCAAGCUCAUCCAAUUCUUCUCUGCAGGCACAAACCACGUUUCCAGCCACCCAAUCUACACUGACUCCAAGAUCCCGCUAUGCUCUGCCAAUGGCGUUCAUGGCCCGCAGAUUGCCGAAUGGGUCAUCAUGAUGAAUUUGGUGCACAGUCAUAGCUACACUAAGCUUUAUGACAACCAGAAGGACAAGGUUUGGGACCAGAAGGUGGGGCUGAGUGUCAGUGAUCGGGUGGGGAAGAGAGUGGGUAUAUUGGGGUAUGGUAGCAUUGGUCGACAAGUUGCUCACGUAGCAAAGGCAAUGGGCAUGGACGUAAUAGCCUACACAGCCUCGCCACGCAGAACCCCAGAGUCCAAGCACGACAACGGGUACAUCGUCCCUGGAACUGGUGAUCCCGAUGGUAGCAUUCCCAGCGCGUGGUACAGCGGAACUAGCAAAGAAGAUGUGCACGAGUUCUUGAAGCAGGAAAUCGACCUAUUGGUGGUUGCUGUGCCGCUAACGAAAGCGACAACGCAUCUCCUCUCCACCGAGGAAUUUGAGCUCCUGCAUAAGUCCAACCCAAAGGGCACCUACAUCGCGAACAUCGCGCGGGGCCAAAUCAUCGACCAGAAGGCUCUCAUCACCGCUCUGGAGAAGGAACAUAUUAGUGGUGCGGCCCUUGACGUUACUGAUCCCGAACCUCUGCCUAAGGAUGAUCCGCUGUGGGAUGCACCAAAUGUCCUGAUCACACCGCACUGCAGUGGAGCGUCAGAUGCGUAUGCCGACCGCGCGUUCCAGUUGUUGGUCGAGAACAUAAAGCGGGACCGAAGUAACGGCAACCUGAUCAACGAGGUGAACCGCGAGAGAGGCUAUUGA